AUGCCUCUCUAUGCUAAAUUCAUGAAAGAGUUGUUGACUAACAAGAGGAAUUGGAAAGAACAGGAGACACUAGUGUUAACAAAGGAGUGCAGUGCUAUUAUUCAACAUAACCUUCUUGAGAAGAUGCAGGAUUCAGGGAGCUUUGUAAUUCCUUGCACCAUUGGAGAUGUCACUAUUCAGAGAGCCUUGUGUGAUCUUGAACCUAGGGUUGUUGAGGAUUUACUUGUGAAAGUAGUGCCAUUUAUUUUUCCUGCUAAUUUUGUUAUAUUGGAUGUGGAAGAGGAUAAAAAGUCCUCUAUUAUUCUUAGAAGACCCUUUUUGGCUACAGGUAGAGGUUUGAUUGAUGUGCAAAAGGGUGAAUUAACCCUGACGGUCAAUGAAGAACAGGUGGUCCUUAAUGUAUUUAAAGCCCUCAAACACCCUAAUGAUUCUGAAGGGUGUAUGAGAGUUGAUGUUGUUGAACCACUUAUUCGAGAGGUACUAGAAGCCGAGGUACUUGAUCAUAUUCUAGAUACUCUCUCUGAGUAUGAAUUACUUGAGAUUGAUGAUUCACCACCCCAGAAGAACUUGGUGAAAAUGACUCAUAUACAGUGA